AUGGUCUCUGCUGGCCACAUAUGCCUCAGACCGAGAGAACUCAAACCGAUGCCGGCGUCUGUCUGUACGUUCCUCAGGACUAUGGACCAAGGCUUCAAUACUGGAGCGGAGCUGGAGACCUUGGAGGACAAUGCAGGUGUCACCCAACGACGAACUGAACUCAGAGGAAGAGAUGCCAUAGGUGCAGGUCGAGGUGGUGGAGGGAAAGCCAAAAGAACACGCAGGGUCAAGUUGCAGACUGUACCACUGGUUCAGCCUAUCACUCGCGUCCGGUUUCCGAAAGAGCAUCCUACCGCUCAAACCGACGUACCUCGCCACCAACCAGUUCGCGUCCGGUUUCCGAAAGGGCAAUCGACGUACCUCGCCACCAACCAGUUCGCGUCCGGUUUCCGAAAGGGCAAUCGACGUACCUCGCCACCAACCAGUCCCCAUACUGAAGACAGUCUUAGCUGCGAAGCCAGCGAAAGGGAACACUACCAUACCAAGCGUAUGCGCCGAAUGAAAGUACCAGAGUCUUGGCUGCGAUAG